AUGAGUCAANCUACAACCACUACACCCACAACUACAACCACUACACCCACAACUACAACCACUACACCCACAACUACAACCACAGCCCCCAAAAUAAACACGCCUUCCCCAGCAGGCGAAUCCACAAUUAUGGCAACCCAUGCACUCAGACAUACCACGAGGCAAAUCACCUUUUCCCCCUAUGACACAACCAGUACUCCCAUUUUGAAGCAAUCAUCAACAAGUGCGCGCAAACCAUUCCGAUCUUCACUCUCACCGCAUAUAACAUCAACAGUGAUUCUAAACCAUAAUACAAAACUGAUGACGCUGACCACUACAAACGAACAACAGGGGGUCACUCAGAGCACCAAACAUACAGAAACGUAUACGAGACAACAGAUCUACAAACAGACAACAGAUGAAUAUGAAACAAAGGACCCUUUUUUGUCGCCCACAACUACAGCAGAAACUAAUCUUCUGGCUGCACAGCGCGAGAGACAGCAUGAAGCUGAGAGAAAAAGGCGGCAGCAAGAAAUAUACACAUACACCGGGGCCGGUGGCGGGGCAGCGCUGUUAUUCAUAAUUGUUGGAGUUACUGUUCUAAUGUGCCGUAGAAGACAUCAAAACAGCCCGCGUUACCUGGAAGACACAGAUGAACGAGAGGGCUCUAAGAAUCAACACCUCGAGUUCGAAAACCAAGUAUACCAUGAGCAGACAUCAGCCUGAGUGUGUCCACAGACACAGACCAGCUUUUUAAAUUUUCCAAUGUCCAUAUCUGCCUGUUUCACGAUCCUGAACCGCUUCAGCGUUUGACUGAAGUCAACUGCAUAUCAAAAGAUAGAUAUGUCUCUUGAUUAAGUUACAUUUUCCUAUAAGAUACGGGUAGCUUAUACGGAUUCACAAAUCCGGUGGAUAACUGGGUGAACGUUUGUGAUUGGUGCAAAAAACGUAAUUAUCACAUGAUAUAGAUAUUUGGGAAUCUAAAGUAUCCGGUUUGAAGCUCAGGGUCAUGAAGUCACGAACACUCUCAGAAAAAAAAACGACUUAUCGCUCAACAGAAAUAGGCUGCAGUAUUAACCAGGACAUAAACCGGCGAAUUGAUCCGAAAAUACACGAACUCUGGGGUAUGGGCAGCGAGAAAUAUGAAAGUACAUUGAUUAUUUCAUAGCGUGUAACCGAAGUUAAUGAGGCACCUGUCACGCAUUACGUUUUUUUUUCAAACAUGUAUAUGUCGUGUUCGAAAAAGCCAUAAAUUGCGUAUGGCAUUGUUAAAAAAUGUUUAAAAAUUCUAUAAUUGUGACACGUAACUCCCUCCCUCUUAAAAUAUGAUCAAUAUGCAGGGAAAGGGCUGAUAAAAGAAAGGCAUUUGAAUAUGAUAUUAUAUUAGCGCUCGUUUGAUACAGAAUUUUACUACGAAAAUUAUGACAGACCGGCACAAUUGAGAGGAAAAUUUCGGAAAGUUAAGAAAUAUAAUGAUUGCAUUCUACAUGUGGUGCUGAAAUCAUCUCUGUCAACCAGGCUCCAUAAAGUUUAUCAGUGUUACAUUUCCUACAUUUGUAUGUUUAAAUGUAUACAUUCAGCUUUAAAAAAACUAGAUUCAGCGAUAAA